AGAGCUCAAUGGAGGAAUGAAGACUCAUGUUAAUCACUCAUGUUUAGUGUUCACGCCAUCAAAGGAUUUCUGAAACGAUCACGCGAAUUUCUUUACCAAAUCUAUCCAUCCUUAUCUGAACUGAAAUCUGACAAUCUUUUCUUUUCUUACGGACGUAUUAAAGAUUUCCAAUUUGGCAUCCCUGCCAACUUGAUGCCUGCCUCCCCUACUUUGCGUGACUAACUUGUGCUCUCUAACAAAAUUAGUUGUGAGCUUGAAUGAGCGUCGAGAAUAAAAAUGGAUAGCUUUUGGAGAAUUUCUGGCAAUCUUUUGCAGUUAUUGAGCUCCAGCUAACUCCUCCUCCUUUUGUUGAACAGUCAUUGCUGACAGGAUUCUGGAAUCUUAUUGCGCACCAAGCAUGGGCUUAACUUUGAUGACCGAGUCUUGCAAGGCAAGGAAAAAUGGACGACUCCGUCCUCUAUAAACGCGCUUGUUGAAUUGUCGGCCAAAGACAUCGGAGAAAGUCAUCGUCGGAGCCCAUGAACAGAGAAGAGAGGAGCCACGUCCACCGCCGCUGCCUCCCGAAGCGGAUCAUCCUGGUGCGGCACGGCGAGAGCCAGGGGAACCUUGACACGGCGGCGUACUCGACCACGCCCGACCACAAGGUCCCGCUUACUCCGCAGGGCGCCGAGCAGGCCCGCGCCGCCGGCGAGUGCAUCCGGCAGCUGCUGUCGUCGGAGGACGGGGAGAACUGGAAGGUGUACUUUUACGUGUCGCCGUACGAACGGACGCGGGCGACGCUGCGGGAGCUGGGCCGCGCCUUCCCGCGCAACCGCAUCGUCGGCGUCCGCGAAGAGUGCCGGAUCAGGGAGCAGGACUUCGGAAACUUCCAGGUGGAGGAGCGGAUGAAGGCCAUCAAGGAGGCGAGGGAGCGCUUCGGCCGCUUCUUCUUCCGCUUCCCCGAAGGCGAGUCCGCCGCCGACGUCUUCGACCGCGUUGCCAGUUUCAUGGAGUCGCUGUGGAGGGACAUCGACAUGGGGAGGGUGGAGCAGGACGAGAAGGCGGAGGUGAGCUUCGUGAUCGUGUCGCACGGCUUGACCUCGCGGGUGUUCCUGAUGAAGUGGUUCAAGUGGACGGUGGAGCAGUUCGAGCUGCUGAACAACCCCGAAAACUGCGACAUCAGAGUCAUGCAGCUCGGUCCCAGCGGCCGCGACUAUACCUUCGCCCUCCACCACUCCGAGGAGGAACUCAGGCAAUGGGGGCUGUCGCCGGAGAUGAUCGCCGACCAGCAGUGGAGGGCCACCGCCAACCGUGGCAGUUGGCACGAGAACGAUCUCUGGCAUCUGGGGAAUUUCUUCGAACACCUAAAGGACUCCGACGACGAGCAGAAGCCGACCGAGUAGCAGCCAUUUUUUUUUUUUUUCAACUCAUAAUUAUUUUCGCUUGUGUGCCAGAUAUUGCAUUCGCAUUUUGUGUCACCACUUGAUUGUUGUCUCACAGUAUCCAUACGAUUGUUUGCUAGGUCCUCUGAUCAAAGUUUCAGCUGGGCGUAGAAUAUUUAAGUUGGAUGUUUGAUUUUUCUCAGGGCCGUUUGUAUCUUAUUAUGAGAUUGGCAAUAUCGAACC